GACAACAUGCGACAGUGACAGUGGUAUCAAUAUAUGACUGGCCAUAAGAAGAAACGACUAAAAGUAUUAUAACGAAAUCUAGACUUUAUCACACAAACAUGCCCUUUUCUUGUCAAGUGUGUGAUAGUGAACAAUAUGAUGAAGAGGACGGAUUGUUUUAUUGUACAGAAUGUGGUACUCAAUCACAAGUAGGCCCCACCUGUCACUGUGUUAUUGUGUUCAUAAGUACUAUAACUGUAGUUGUAGUGUAGUAGUGUAAUAACAAUAUUUUUAUUACCAUCAUGGCCAUGGGGUCCACCUACCACUUAGAGGUCUGUGAAAGGUGUCAGGGGGUCCGUGAGCUGCAUUUCUAUUGUUAUAUUGCUAUUUAAUUUAAUUAAAUAAUUCCUGAGUGGAUCUUUCUUGUCCAUUGGUCAUUAUUAUUAUCAUAUUAAGUUAGGCAUCGUCCUGCCCUUUAGUCAUGUAUGCAGGAAAUGCACACAAAAGAACUCUAGUUGAUUAAUGUUAAUGCAAUGAGUGAUUGUUCUUUAAAGGAUCUGGCAGUAAUAUUUGACUUGGAGCAUCAAACAUGGAAUGGACAGUAUUUUGACAAGAGCAAUGUGGUUGCGCUGCCCCAGCUAGAUGUAGUUAUUUAGCAGCCACCCUCAUCCAUGAAUUAUCAUUUUUCUGCAUCAGGAUAAACAAAUUACCGUGGUAGCUGUUAUGUCUAAAAGAAUGGUCUUAAAUACCUUUUUGAAGUUGGAGACAUGUUUCUGGAGUGAAAAUGUAUCCUUUUUUUAUGUAGAGCAAGAAAUACAAAUGAAAAAAAAAAUGUCUUUUCCAGGAGCUUAUUGUUCAAGAAGUUAAUGAUACUUGUACAGAAGUUGGUGUGCGAUACGAAGUGAAAUCGGCUAAAAAAAGUACAUCGUCUGUCUACAGGCCCAGUAAGAUUACAUUCAAAAACAUAUUAUAAUAAUAUUAUAUAAAUAUUACUGAGACCUAAUGUACCAUAUUUCAUUAUAAAUUAUUAUAUAAAACAAAAAUAUUUUAACUUUCUUAUUUAUCAUUACCUUUCCAAUAAAAUAUAAUUUUUCAAUUACCGUAUCGUAGAAACACUUAUUGAUCUAUUUAUAUUUUUCCCAUCAAAGAGGCAGACCUGGGAAGACCGUGGAUGAUAUAUGAAGCUUAUCAAAUCAUUAUUCUGGCACAGGCAGAUGCACUUAUUAGUCUUGGAGCAAAGCAAGAACUCAAGGUUUAAAUAUUUAUUUGUACUACAGUAGUUAAAUUAGUGAUCGGCAGUAUAUUCAGUUGAGAUGUAUUUUGUUUAAUAAAUGAGCUAGAAGCUGUGUACAAAUCCACGUCACUAUAUUGUAUGUAAAAACUGACGGACAUAAAGCAACUCUUAAUUGAUGUCCAUCACAAUGUCAUUAUGACGUUGUUUUCAGUGGAGCAGCUUGAGCUUUGAUUUGGCAUACCCUAAUUAAUAAAAACCAAAAUACAGAUAAGAUACACAUAAUAAAUAAUCUAUAAUAUAAAGUAUGUGAAGUGGACCGGAAAAUGCCGCCCUGGGCAAACUGCCACCACCCUCUUCCUUCCUUCCUAUUCCUUGCCAGAGCUUGCAAACAUAGACUUUGAAUUUUCCAGAAGCACUAGACAGUGAGUCAAACCGGAGGGCGUGAGUUCUUAAGAUGGACUUUUCCAGAUUUAAACUUCCAUAGUGCUGUGUUGAGACAUUUUGUCUUAAUCAUUGUGUUUUAAUCAUUGUGUAUCAAUCAUUGUUUUAGUUAUUUUGCCACCAACUAUAAAGGUGUUGACUAUUAAACUUUUCAAAAAGUUUUGUAUGAAAUAUUUUUUAAAGGACACAGUUUUUACAUUAUGGGCCAACUAUCUGUCCAGGCUUGGAAUAGCUUUCUGCAAAGAUGAACAACCUGUUGCUAACAUUGUGAAAAUGAUGAGAGUGGGUAGACUCAGGUAAAUAGAAAUAAACUUUUAGCUUAAAAUCAUUCUCUAAUGGUGACACCAAAAUAAUAUGUUGAGAUCCCUGUGACUUAUAUCAAAUUGGCUGUCCCCCACUACUUAUAAUUUUUAUAAAUUGUUUCCACAAGGAAAGUGAAAAGAAUCUAACAUCUUUCCAGUAUCAGUGUGAAGCACAACUUUGGUCUUGAACCCACUCUUAUUCAUCUUAUCUCCAUCAUCCUUAAAUGCACCUUUAAGUACUGCAGCUAAGGAGUGAAUUUCCACUCCAGAUCUGAUGGCAAGCUGUUCAAAUUUGCCUGCCUCCAUGGAGUCCAUGAUAAGGCAAAGUCAGAUUUAAUCUCAUCUAUAGACUGUUUUACAUGAGUGUGCACCCAGCUUCUACCUGAAAUGUCUGAAUUGCAUUCUGCAACUUCAGUGGAAUGAAAAUUUUGCCCAACAUAGUGUCCCAUUCACUGCCAAAUGUUUUGAAUUCUCAAUAAGUGAAGACUUUCCUGGCCUGACCAUGUCAAGAAAACAGACAAGGAUCAGCUGGCAGAGAAAGCUCAGCCAACUGGACAGCCAAUUCUGCAUUACAAAGAUGCAUAUAGCCAAAAUAUGAAACUGGUCAGAGAGGGAUGUGCUGAAAAUGGUUCCAGCAAAGAUAUUAAACUGGUAGGAGUGGGUUGUGCUGGAGAUGGUUGCAAGUACAAGGAGAGCCUUAAGUAUCAUCUUUGAUUUUCACCUGCGGAAAGUGUAGCAUACUGACACUACAGGAUCGGACUCUUGAGCCCACUUGCUGAAAACUAAUUUCACAUCUCAAAUAGCGUGCCUCAUGCACUUUUCAAAUAUGUUCAUCCAUUUUUUCAAACAUUUACCUUUUCUCUGUUGUUUGUUUGAACUCAGUUUUUGUUUUGCUCAAGUGCUUUAGUUUAAGGAUUAGAAUCUACUUCACAGAACCCUUUUAAGAUGUAUUGCUUCCACAAAUCCACUACUUCUGGCUUUGUCACUGGCCUCUUAAAAAGAUUUGACAUCCCCUCCCUUAAAGACAGACGAGAGGGACUCCGCCUGAUAUUCUUAUAUAAAGUGGUCAUGGGACUAGUACCGGCCAUCCCAGCAGGCACGUACCUCACCCCACAGAAGCCGGGUCGAUUGAUCAGAGCCAAACGCUCACUGAACACUGACUUCACCACUGACAACCCCAUAAACAAUUACACCCGAAACAAUAGCAAAUGCUUCACUGUGCCUCGGUGUAACACAGUGCAGUAUAAACAAUCUUUCUUCCCACGCACAAUAAUAGCAUGGAACCACCUGGACAAUGCCGCUGUGAACUCGACAUCAGUCGAAAGCUUCAAGGCUGCCCUGGCAUCUGCUAGGAGUUGUUAGACUAGCAACAUCAUUCCCCCAACCGUUGCACAGAUGCCAGUAUAUGGAUGCAGAAACGAACACUGCCAGAACCAGAAUCCCAUGGGUAGAAAACUACUAUUGUAUAUUUAACUUUGAAACAAAUUGAAAUGUAGUUUAUUCAUAAAUAUGUAUUAAAAGAUUGGUUUGUUAAUUUGUAUUUAUUGAGGAGGGGAUGUUUGCACACAAAAAUAUAUUUUGUAAUACUAAUGUUUAAUUCAUCAAACAUUUUCUACAAUCAGGGAGCUCCAUAGAGGCACAUUUGAGAAUCCCAGCAACAGGAAGAAAAGACCUUUUCAUGAAGAUUUGUCUGGAUUGAAGGUCAACUGAAACAAUUUUGAGUAUAGUAGUGUAUGAUCUUUUUGAAUAUAAUAGUACCAGAUAUAUUAUUUGCACUUUGUUAUAUUAGUGAUGUUCUUUUAAAUUAACAUUCUUAAUUGUUUUUUUCAAACUAGAGUGCAACAGAUGAAGCUAAGAAAGUAGAUUUUUAUGAGGAAGAUACUCCACUAUUUGAAGGCAAAGAAAACAUUGUGUUCAUCAAUGAAGAUGAUGACAGCAGGAAUCACAAAGCAAGAUACAUUAAAGUAAUCUGCCUGAUAAAGCAUACUUAAUUAUUUUUUGUUGUCCUCAAAUACUCAUUUCCCAACUUUCAAUCAGUUAGUCAUUUUAGAAGUUUAGCAUUUCUGAGCAGCCUUUCUAAGACAUACCGUUGUGUACCAGUAAUGCCACUUUUGUGUACCAGUAAUUCAGUAACCCCACUUUUGUGUCCUGUUAAUACCACUUUUUUUUACCGGUAAUACCACUUUUGUGUACUGUUGAUACCACUUUUGUGUACCGGUAAUAACACUUUCGUGUACCGGUAUUAACACUUUUGUGUAAUAAUUCAUAUCAACAUUUCUUCAUCCUUCUCAGGCAGUUCAGUCGCCAGAAUGGAUGCAUAUAAAGAAAACAAUCUCCUUGUGUUAUAUUGGUCUUAUGUUUACUGAUAAAGAAAUCCUUCCUUUUGAUCUUUUGAGGUAGGCCAACACCAUGUACCAAGUACAGAAAUGCAAUAUUAUUUCAAAUAUUCAAUUUAUUGUUAAUGUAGAAAUAUUUUCGAAUUUAUGUGGGAACGAUAACAAAUUUUCAUAUCAUUAUCAUCGUAUCCUUAUCAUCGUAUAGUUGUUAUGCUUUCUGACUUUCGAUAUCGUAAACGCUAAACUCAUAUUUCUACAGAUGGGUUUAUGAGAGCAAAGUUCCUUAUCUUUCAACAACUCAUCUUCUCCCUAAUGACAUGGUGCUCUCUGCUGGAGAUCAAGCUUUAUUUGAAACUGUGAGUCGUGAACAUCUUUAAAGACUACAUUAAACAUUGAAUUGUUUCAUUGGCUUUUAAAAGAGGAGGCAUGAUGAUUAUGAAAUAUUAAUUUUAAAAGAAUAUUCCAACUUUAAUUUUGUUUUUUUUCUUCUUUACAUAUUAUUGCUCUAGAAUCAAAUUGACACCAGCACAUUCAUAACAGAAAUCAAUAAACUCUUAGCCUACCUUGAAUUGAAAAAUAUGCCCAGUCCAGAUCUCAAAAGGCUUAUUUCACGUUUUGUGAAGGAGUUACAUUUACCUGGUAUGUUAUAUGUCAUAUAUUGUAAUAUUAAAAUUUAUAUAAACAUACUGUAGAGCAUUUUAUAUAAUCACUGUUAUGUAGUUUUUAGUUUUUCUAAUGUAGAAACAUAUUUUUGUGGCAAGCCAUUUUGUAUAUCAGUGUCUAUGAGGUCUCAACUUAUUAUGUUUAUGUAGGUAUUUCUGAAAUUUACACCUAAUUUUUAUUUAAAAAAUUGCUUUUGUAACUAUUUUUAAAACACCGGCACUUGAUAUCUUCUAAAGAGUGGUCAUAUGAAAUAAUGUGAUCAAAGUUGUGGAAUUUACCCAAAAAAAUAUAUUUUUGGCUCAAGGAACCUUGAUCUUAUAAUUAUCUAAAUUUGUUCAAUAAUAUUAAUAAGAAUGAUAGAUUGAAAAGAAAAUCUGAUCCAUUCUGACUUUUUUAUUUUCAGAGGAAUUGGCAUGCAUCAGUUGCAGAUUGGUCAACAAAAUUCCAUUCAUAAAAAGAAGUCAUUUAGUUUACUCAAAGAAAGAAGUGCUAGCCAUGGGGUACAUAAUUCUUGCCGUCAAACUUGUGUUUGGGCUAAAUGAUGAUUCAGAAUGGUAAUUGUGUUAUUAAUAUUUUGAUGGUUUCAUGUCUUCUAGCUAGUUUCAACCUUGAUCUUUUAUAAACUUUUAUAUUUGUUACAAAAUGAUUAAGACAGAACUCGGUAGAUCAUUAAGAAUAGGAAAACAUUAAAAUUAGUUUUUUUUAAAUCCAUUGCACUCAUUUAUUUUUAGCUACCCCAUCCCCCUUCCUGUGUACAAUUAAAAAUGUGUGCCAUCCCCUCCGACCUAGCUAUUAAUGGAUUUGUGUGUAUUUUGAGAGCUUAAAUAUAACUAAAACAUUUUUUUUUAAUUUCUUCUUCAAACAUCUACCCCCUCCCACAAAUCUCUUGUAUGCAAAUCUACUAUUCAAACCACCACCAUCCUUCCUCAGCACAAAUUUAAUGUACUUCAUUACUCCUCAGAACUUAGUGUGGCUAAGUAUUUAUAAACCAUUGAAUAAUGUUUUGUCUCUACAUUUUAUUUGGCCUUUAGGUUGGUUCCCGUACCACAAAAUUAAUCUCAACAGAUAUGAAAAAAUAUCUUUGAAUGUCUGACAUGGUUUUAAUGGCAGAAUUGCUUCAUUUCAGGUCCUUAUCAAAAUACUCGAAACAAAUUCAAGAUCUUUUAAAUCAAGGUACCAGUAUAUUAUUAAUCGUACUUUGCAUAUUGUUAAGUUCUAAUCCAGGGGUGGCCAGCCAAAGGGCCACAUCACGUUAAAUACUGCAUCCCACAGAUGCCUGAUUUAUCACAAAUAAACUUAUCGUUCUUCAGUCAAUUGGCAAAGAAAUUGAUUAAGAAGUGUGAGAAAAGAUAAACAAUUAUCACAUUAGUUUAGAAUAGAUAAAAUAUUCUAUACAGCAUUUUGGGGGGGUUAAAUAAUAUAAUUGUUUUUUUUAAAGAAAUAAUUUAUUAAAUAUUUGAAAGUGAAAGGUUUACUCGCUAUCAAAGUGGCCCUUGCAGCCUUUUGUGUUGAACACCAUUGUUCUAUCUAUAAACAUGACAUAACUUUGUUAUUUUGUAUCUCUGUGAUAACAAUAAAAUUUAAGCUUUAACUUAAUAUAACAUUUCUAUUUCAAAUGCAGAAAUAAAAAUUUUUGUCUGGAGUGACUGGAAAAAGUUUAUGAUACGAAAAUGCUCUAAGAACUUCAAUGCUUACAGAGCAUUAACCAGUGAUGUGUGAGUAUAGAGAUACUUUGUGCAUAUAAAUUUUAAAUAUACUGUAAACGGUAAUAAAUUAUUGAACAAAUAGUGUAUCUUGUUCCUAUUAUUUAGUAGAUAGUAAAACUAUAAAAAAAGUUUCUAUUGAAAACUGUUCUUAUAUCCACUAUGUAUUUGAUUUCAGCAAUAAAUCUAAACUCUGCCACUUGGACCAGCUUCUUGCUUGUUAUGCUGACACACAAAUAGACAAGAAAAGACUAACAACAUGGUCUACUUUAAAUAGCAAACAACGCUUAGGUUUGUCUUUAAAAAUUGAUUGAUGAUAAAAAUAAUAAGUUUUUAAAAUAAACAGCCUAAAGAGCAAUUUGUUCUAUCUGAAAAAAUAUGUGUUUUUUUUUCCUUUUUGAAUAUAUUGUUUUGGUCAUAGUAGUAAUUUUAUGAUGAAGAAUAUUUCAUUUUCCUGCAAUGGAUUUCUGAGAUCUUGGUGGAGACUGAAAUGUUCAUGUGUAUAAGUUUUAAAACAUUUUAAUUAAAAGUUUGACAAGUUUUAAAAAGCCAUUUUUGGUCCUAUUAAUUUUAAAUCUUAUAAUCAUUUAACAGUAGAAUACAUGGACAUCAGCUCUAAAAAAAAAAAGUUAAAUUUACCUAACCGUUUUAAAGUCUAUAAAGAAAUUAGAUCACAUGAAAAUCAAUAUGUCAAUGAUCUUUUUUUCUAGUCCAUCGAUUUGAAGCAGAGUUCAAAGAUUCUUUAAGGAAACCUCUGGAAAUUGCUUUAUCAAGAUUUGGUGCCUCACAUAGCUUCACGGAAGGUUAGUGGAACAUAAUGUCUUAGUUCUUUUAAUGUCCUGCUCUGGUUAAAUAAUCUAUGGCAUAUUUGUUUUAAAGUGCUUUAUUGACCUCCAUAAUUCACUUUACAUAAUUCUUACAAAAUUUAUUCUGUACACAGGACAUGUCAUGAUAAAAGUAAUGAUCUUUUACUUCCAUAAAAAACCCUCAUAUCUCAUAUGUUUACAUUAGUAGUGGAUAGUGUGGCUCUUCACUGGAUGCAGAAAAAGAAUAAUGGUCAAUCCCUCCUUUUUUAAUUGACAGUGAUAUGUUACCAUGAUGCUAAUUUUAGUUAUCUGUUGGUUAUUCAUCAUUGUUGAUUAGCCUGGCUUGUUAGGUGAAAAGCAUUUAAUCUGAAUUUGACGAUUACUACUGUUAUUCAAAAUAUGGGUCAAAAUAAUUUUCUCCGGUUCAGAAAGAAAAACAAUACAAGUAUUUGUAAAGUAAGGGAAACUAUAUAGGAUAACCUCAUUUGUGAAAAUCAGAAGAUUUUUUUCUCUGAAAAAUUUUUGGAAAAAUAGACAUAAUUAUUCACGCAAAGUUUUUUAUAAUCAAUAUUAUAACGGCUCUAAUUUUGAGUCUAAUAUUCAGUUUCAGAGUCUCGUAACUUGGAUGAUGAACAUAUGCAGUUACAUGAAGAUUUUACUUGUGCAACAGUCGCUCACAUAGUUAAUGUAAAUGAAUUUAAAGAUAAAAUCGGGAAAAUUGGUAUGUUUUGCUAAUAAUAAUUUUUAUUCUUUUAUAAGUAACUUAACUGGUAAGGCUAGAGACAUUUAAAAUUUGACAGCUGAUUGGAUGAUGCCACGCCUAGUUGGCUGGUUUUUUCUGAAUUUGGCGGUUAAAGUUUUGUAAUAUCUGCUCAAGGACACUGGACACAUUCAAGAAUUUAUGUGUAAACUUUUUUUUUAUCGCAAGAUGUUAUCAGAGUACAUAAAGCUUUUGUUAUAUUUAUGUAGACAUAUUUAUUUUGCCUACGAUAUGAUUUUGUUGCUUUUUUUCAGCUACAGAUAAAGAAACUGAACUAUACAAAAUAAUUGUGCAAUAUUCAACAGAUAAGCCUGCGAUAACUCAGUAUGGUUAUUUGACUAGAGAAGAAGAUUUAGCUCAUAAUCGUCACUAUAAUUAUUUAUGGUUUCUACAUGUUGCCAGUGAGAAUAUAGACUGUAAAUUAUUGGAACUGGAUAAGCUGACAGUGAGAUUAACUGACUACCUGGUCACUGCAUCUAGUGGAGUUGAUAUGACAGGAGUUGUGUGCACAUGGUUUGGAAAUUUUCCAAACAUUUAUGAGAAUCAACCUGAGACUAAAGAUGCCUCUCAAGAUUUGUUUGAAUAAAUAUGUUGUGCAAUUUUGUGUACAUUACAUUACAG